UCAAGCUUCCUGCAGGAGACGUUUCUCCACCUCCCCAGCUGAAGGUCCUUCAUGCCACGGAGCGAGAGGAGGCGAAGAGUCUGGUGCGCCAGUCCAACCAUGUGGAGAACCUGCGGAGUUUUCAGCGCGUGGAGUUUACUCUUCUUGGCUCAGGUCUGUGCGCAGUCGCAGCGAAGACCAACAUUCACAUGUGGUGGGAACAUUACCGGUGAAUCUGGCGUGAUUGGGAGUCAGGGCUACCCAGGCGUGUACCCUCCAAACACAAAAUGUGUGUGGAGAAUCACGGUUCCUGAGGGAAAAGUGGUCGUCCUAUCCUUCCGUUUUAUUGACUUGGAAAAUGACAACCUGUGUCGCUAUGACUACGUGGACGUGUACAGUGGGCAUGUCAACGGACAGAGACUCGGACGCUUUUGCGGCACCUUUAAACCUGGAGCCUUGGUUUCAACAGGAAACAAGAUGCUGUUGCAGAUGGUGUCGGAUGCCAACACGGCCGGGAGCGGCUUCUUGUCUGUUUUCUCAGCUGCCCACCCCCACGAAAGAGGAGACCAGUACUGUGGAGGCAAGCUUGACAAACCAUCUGGGACUUUUAAAACCCCCAACUGGCCUGACAGGGACUAUCCAGCCGGCGUCACCUGCGCCUGGCACAUCGUGGCACCCAAGAACCAGAUCAUUGAAGUCAGAUUUGAGAAGUUUGACGUUGAACGGGACAACUACUGCCGCUACGAUCACGUCUCCAUUUUCAACGGGCCUGAAAUCAAUGACGCCAAGAGGAUCGGGAAGUACUGCGGAGACAGCCCGCCAGCCCCCGUGCUCUCUGAGGGAAACCAGCUCCUGAUCCAGUUUCUCUCCGACCUGAGUCUCACUGCUGACGGUUUCAUUGGGCAUUACAGGUUCAGACCCAAGAAAUUCCUGACCACCACGAGGCCACCCACCACUACCACACAGGCCGUCACCACCAGGCCCAUACCCCUGAAGUACUCGGUCGCCCUGUGCCAGCAGAAAUGCAAAAGACGUGGAACUCUUGAGAGCAAUUACUGCUCCAGCAAUUUUGCAAUAACGGGGACGGUGAUCACAGCCGUGAUGCGAGGAGGAAGCAUGCACGCCACCGUCUCCAUCAUCAACGUGUACAAAGAGGGCACCCUGGCUAUCCAGCAGGCGGGAAAAACCAUGAGCACCAAAAUCAUCAUCCUCUGCAAAAAGUGCCCAUUCGUCCGAAGAGGCUUGAACUACAUCUUCAUGGGUCAAGUGGAUGAGGAGGGAAGAGGAAAGAUUGCUCCGCAUCACUUUGUCAUGGCCUUCAAGUCAAAGAACCAGAAGGGACUCAAUGUGUUGAAGAACAAGCGGUGCUGAGAGCCCACAGCUGGUGGGAUGGAUCACCUUAGUAAGACCUGAGUAAGAAGCUUCAGCACAAGCCUGUUACUGUUUAACCAUUCCAGAAUUUAAAAUAGAGGGCUUAUGGGUGGUCACUGCUGGUGUCAUUUGUGUCUGUCAACACCCCUGACUCGUGUAUUUGUUCUGAUUGGAAACUCUUGUGAAUGGCUGCUUUGUCUUUGUCUCCUGUCAUUUACUUUGCCGGAUCACUUGGCAGAGUUACCAAGUUUAGCCGCUUCAAAUCCAAGUUAAUGUAGAGCUAAUACUCAGAUGAAUCAUUUCCACAAAAAAAAUAAUUCAAACACACAAAAGAGCGACUAAAAGUAGCUCAAAUUUAUUCCAAAUUAAAUCAAGCCAAAUGCUAAACAUGUUCAUCAUUAUUAAUUUAGUAUGAAACAAAAUGCACUUUGCAAAAGCCACAUUUUUUUCUUAAUUUAAUUAAAAUGUGGGGAUAAAAGUGCAAUAUUUAUUACAUGAAUGUCACAAAAAGUGGCUGUCAGAUCAAAAAAGUGAACUAUUUUCAUAUGUGAUUAAUAUUUAUUUUCUUCUGUCAAUAAUAAACACACUGCUACGUAC